GGAAGUGGCGUUUGGCAUUUGGCAUGCGCAAAGCACCGAGGAAGAAGAGCCCCAGUGUUGAACCGAUAUUAGAACUGUAAACAUUAGCCGAGCGGCUUCAACGUGUCGAUAGGAUGGAAGUAUAAGGUUAACCUCAAGGUGUGAGACCAAACAUUGUUCUUCAGUGCAUGGAAGCAAAACCAAUGCGCAGGGCCACCAGCGCACGCCAAGACGCCACUGGAAUGGACAUCACCAGCCGCUGUACCCUGGGGGACCCCAACAAACUGCCUGAAGGGGUCCCCCAGCCUGCACGCAUGCCCUACGUCUCAGACAAACACCCGCGGCAGACCCUGGAGGUGAUCAACUUGCUGAGGAAACACCGUGAGCUCUGUGACGUAGUACUGGUGGUGGGGGCCAAGAAGAUUUAUGCCCAUCGUGUUAUCCUCUCUGCAUGCAGCCCCUACUUCAGGGCAAUGUUUACUGGAGAGCUGGCAGAGAGCAGGCAGACUGAGGUGGUUAUCCGUGACAUCGAUGAAAGGGCCAUGGAGCUGCUCAUUGACUUUGCCUACACCUCGCAGGUGACUGUAGAGGAGGGGAACGUGCAGACACUGCUCCCCGCUGCCUGCCUCCUACAGCUGGCUGAGAUCCAGGAGGCCUGCUGCGAGUUCCUAAAGAGGCAGCUAGAUCCUUCUAAUUGUCUGGGCAUCAGGGCCUUCGCCGACACACACUCCUGCCGUGAGCUGCUCCGCAUUGCAGACAAGUUCACCCAGCACAAUUUUCAAGAGGUCAUGGAAAGUGAAGAGUUCAUGCUUCUGCCAGCAAACCAGCUGAUUGACAUAAUUUCCAGCGAUGAGCUCAACGUGCGGAGCGAGGAGCAGGUUUUCAAUGCCGUGAUGGCCUGGGUGAAAUACAGCAUCCAGGAACGCAGACCGCAGCUGCCCCAGGUCCUGCAACAUGUCCGUCUGCCGCUGCUCAGUCCCAAGUUUCUGGUGGGCACCGUGGGUUCAGAUCCCCUCAUUAAGAGUGAUGAGGAGUGCAGAGACCUGGUUGAUGAAGCCAAAAAUUACCUGCUGCUGCCACAGGAGAGACCACUGAUGCAGGGGCCCAGAACACGACCAAGGAAACCCAUCCGCUGUGGCGAGGUCCUUUUUGCAGUUGGUGGCUGGUGCAGCGGGGACGCCAUUUCCAGCGUGGAGCGCUACGAUCCUCAAACCAACGAGUGGCGAAUGGUAGCAUCGAUGAGUAAGCGGAGAUGCGGAGUCGGCGUUAGUGUUCUGGAUGACUUGCUCUAUGCGGUGGGGGGUCACGACGGCUCGUCGUAUCUCAACUCUGUGGAGAGAUAUGAUCCUAAAACAAACCAAUGGAGCAGUGACGUGGCACCUACAAGUACUUGUCGUACCAGUGUGGGCGUAGCUGUCCUCGGUGGUUAUCUGUACGCUGUAGGUGGGCAGGAUGGUGUUUCCUGUCUCAACAUUGUGGAAAGAUAUGAUCCUAAGGAAAACAAAUGGACUCGUGUGGCUUCCAUGAGCACCAGGCGACUGGGUGUAGCUGUGGCUGUGCUGGGGGGAUUUCUUUAUGCUGUGGGAGGGUCGGAUGGAACGUCACCAUUAAAUACAGUGGAGCGUUACAACCCUCAAGAGAACCGCUGGCACACCGUGUCCCCAAUGGGGACCAGGAGGAAGCACCUAGGCUGUGCGGUCUACCAGGACAUGAUUUACUCUGUUGGAGGGAGGGACGAUACCACGGAGCUGAGCAGUGCAGAGCGAUACAACCCCAGAACUAACCAGUGGUCUCCUGUGGUGGCCAUGACCUCUAGACGGAGCGGGGUGGGCUUGGCUGUGGUCAAUGGUCAGCUGAUGGCAGUAGGAGGUUUUGAUGGGACGACGUAUCUCAAAACUAUAGAAGUCUACGACCCUGAUGCCAACACAUGGAGGUUGUACGGAGGAAUGAACUACCGCCGGCUAGGUGGAGGAGUGGGUGUCAUUAAAAUGACUCAUUGUGAAUCCCACAUAUGGUAACACCACUACCAAACCACCUCCACCCCCCCCUCACUCACAUGCUCACUUCUCAUCAUGUUGCAGCGGACGCCUCUUUUUCACCAACUCUCGUGCCUCCAAAAGAGACGCUUUUUAAGUCACGCAAGGAUGAGAGGAAAUCAUGGGGGAAGGAAGAGGGACAGACUUUUGAACUCUUGUUCAGACCCACCCCCCUAAACUGUGGUUGUCUUCAGUCACCAUGAAGUGCACUGGCACCUGAAAGUACCGUUAAGCUUCCUGUAAGGAGAGGAUGCUCUUUCUCCUGUGACCUCCCCAGGUUUUCAUCCUCCAGGCCUCUCUCGCCUGGAACAUUUGAAUGGAAAAGAACUCAACUUGAUUGACUUCGCUGCUGGUGGGAGGAUAUUUAAUGUUUCCGAUGUUUGAGAAGUUCAAAAGCAUCGGGUCACUGAGAGACUGCGAGAGCCUCCAUCACGUGUCCUCCCCCCAAUUCUUGUGACGACUGUACUUUGUGAGGUGAAUGAUUCCCUGGAAACAACGUUGCAAACAACACUGCUCUCUUCUGUCUCUACUUGGCUUUGAAGCGUACAUCUCAACUGUGGCUGUGAUGUCUCUGGGCCUCAUCUGUAGCAUUGAAUAACAGAAACGGUCAGGUAGUUCCACUCUGCAUUUAAGCUGUCAUCAAAUGAUUUCAUCUGCCUUCACCACCAGGGGAGAUUAUUUGCAGGGGAAGGAUCUGUAUGAGGAAGUCGCUGCUACUCAAACAUUUUCUCCUAAAGCUACUGUUACUGAAUGGGACUACUGCACUUUACAGGAGGCUACUGUAGCUGUUUGUUACCUUUUUGAUAUUUAAAUAUUUCAGUUGAGUAGGUCAGAGUGUAGUUACAGGAACAUGUGGCCUGUUCGUCAAACAGUUCGGUGGAAAGAACUUAGACACUAUCAUCCAGUCAUGUCUCACGGUUUAUUGUUGGCUCCAGUGCUGAGAAUCCUGAAACCCUCAGUACUUUAAACGAACCAGGUCGUCUCACUGUGUCCAAGGGAAAACAGUUUAUACCUUUUUAAAUGGCAACUGUGGUCAUAACAGCAUCAUGCAGUUUUUGUGUGGCUUUACAGUCUCGACAGGGUGAAGUAAAAGUGCAAAUAAGUUUCACGAAGUAUAUUUUUCAUAUUUACUUUAAAUUUCAUUUCUGCUUCAAGGUUUAAACCCUGCCCACUUUCACACAGACAAGUACACAAACGUGGUCAGUCACAGUUUAAAGUGGACGUGCUUUUCAGAUUGUCCACUUGGGAAAAUUACAAAAGCCGUCCCCUGGGUUGCGCCACCGUGGUUGGAGACCAUGUUGGACGAUCUGACAAUCACUUAGUUUGAAGCAAACUGAGGUUCUAGCAGUGUCACAGUGUGUUUGAUAUCAUGUUGUCAGGGUAACCUCAGAGGUGGAAAAACUGGGAAGUUUUAGAAGCUCACAAGGCCAACGCCUCUGAUAUUAUAUAGUUUUGUUAUCGACAAGUCCCAUGAGAAGACACUUUUCAUUCUUUAAUCUAUCUGUGGCUCUAAUCCCAAAUUCAUUAAUUUCUGUUGACAAUAUUAUUUUUAAAAACGGGUCACAAAUAUACUUUCAUUUAAAUAAACCUUAAAUGAUCUUUAAAUAUAUGUAAACUUUAGAUUUUACAGCAAACAUUCAACAGGAGGAAAUUAUGCAUUGGGACAAUUUUCAGCAGCUACAAUUUAUGCUGUAGUGGGUAUUUCCAGCAGCAGGACUGUAUGAACAGGAUUGAGUUAAAACAACCUGCAGCUUGUGUGGCCAUGGUCAUGAUGAAUAUGCUAACUAAUGCAACAGCGUGGCUCUCACACACACGCACUCUCUCUCUCCUUCUUGGUGGGAUACAGAAACUGUCGGUGUCAGAAUUUCUGUGGAAGUUGUCGAAAAGAAAAAUACACAAAAUAACCAGAUGUAUCCUUUUAAUUUAAAAUGAAUCCCUGAUGCCAGUGAUCAGAUCUGGGGAUUGGAAAAUGAAUAUAACAGAAACACACUGUUUUAAAAUACAAGGUAACUUUCCAUACAAAAGUAAUCAUAGGUGAUCAAAUCACUUAGAGCUGUUGAUGCGUUUACAUCUGGAGUCAGUGAUCUACUGAGAUGAGGAUGGUCUCUAUGUGUAAAACAAGGGGAGGAGCUGCUGAAGUCCACGAUGCAAGAAUGAAAGUGGAAAUCGUGGAAAAAUGUUAUGAACCUGUAAAUAUUUUAUGUCACAAGUGAAGCAGUUUUCCAGCCACUGAAGAUGCUGAUGAUAAACUGUGAUAGAAUGACCUUCUGAUGCUCAGAAAUGUUACUAGAAACAGUCAGACUCAGUUAUCUGUUGAUACAUUGGAUAGGGCAGCAUUAUAUAGUCUAGCAGUGUUUCAUAAUUGAGUAGUUUUAUAAGACAUGAAAUGUGAGGAGUUGAGUUUUCUUAUGAAGUUCCAUAGUGGCCUUGGUAACAAAGAAAAGAGACGUGUUGGAAUCAGACAGUUCAAUUAAAUCCAGUUUGUGUGAUUAGUUUAAUGUUACAUACUUCACACGUGUAAUAUCAAAAUCCGACUACUGUCCUGCAACACACUCAAAAGAGACUCGAGAGAGAAAAAUAUCAGUCGAUGAUCAAUGUAGCAGAUGACAUUCAUCCCUGUUGUGUUUAUGCAUCAGUAAAAAAACAGCCACUUACAGUUUGUGAUAUUAAUUCUGAUUCAACCCUGGGGUUUGGAGACAAGUCGUUUUUGUUUUGCAAUCACAGUCUCACAUUUAACUUUUCUAAUGUCCUCACAAGCAGCACGAUGCAUUGACGCCACCUGCUGGAGGACAGAUAAAGUGCAGCACUAAUAUGACCGAUGGAGAGCUUAGUGGUCCCUGGUUGUAUGACAGAGGCCAGAUCAAUGUGAAACACACAGUUUGGGUAGAUGGUCGAUUGGAUUUGGUUAAUCUCAUAAUUUAUUGCACUGUGAUUGGAAAUGUAUUUUAGUUUUUAUCUUUUUUUUUCUUAGUUGUGUUUUAUAAGGGUGUUCAACUUUUCAGACGGGAGGGGAGGGAGAAAAGUCUAAAGCGACAGAAUAACUUUUUGAUUUGACAUUUCAGGCCUGGUGCUGAUGUGAAGUGAAUUUAUUUCAUUGAUGCAACCCUACAUCAUAGCUCUGCACUUUAAAGUGUGUGUGGAACAAAUGCAUUGAUGCAGGCUGUUGUUAUGCAUUAAUAAGUCACAGUUAACUGGUUCAUUCUGGUGUUAAUGUUAAGCAACGUGGCAAAUGUAGAUUCUGUUGGGUUUAAUCAUAGGAUCACUGUUCAGCUGCUGAUGCAUUUGUUGUAUGCAAACCUACACGUUUAACUCAUUUAUGCUUCGGGAUGAUUUGCAGUCACAUACGUCGACGUUCACUUGACAAAAUGAGGAAUUUGAUUGUGAUGAAUGUGCAACGACCAUCAGAUCGGAGAUAAUCAUCCGUUGUUGAACAGAAUUUGAUGCAGUCUGACCAACUGUGGAUGCUUAUUCUUGAAAACUCUCCCGAGUAUAUUGCUCUCCUCUUCACUGCCACAGAAUCACAAGGAAAUCACACUCAGUGUUAUUGCUUCACGUGUCAUUAGUUUGUUCCCAGCCAUCCUGGUUAGGGGGCAGUUAGUCACUUAAUUUCUUAUCCUGUAACAUCUUCAACUCUGGUCAGAAUUUUCUUACAUCUGUGGUGAUGCAUUUUUCAGUUGAUAAAUAUUGAUUCAGCCGCUGCAGAACAAAGCAGCACGGCUGUAUUUGGCCCAAAAUGUGUCUGAUUUUCUCUCUGUUCACAUGAGCCACUAAUGCUGCAACGUGUCUGCGAUGGAUGGAAACUCAGUAGCCUAUAAUAUUUAAAUCUCGUGUUUUGAUUAGCCUCUGUGCAGUGAGUCCAACACGUGACAUGGUUGUGAUAGUUCUAAUGAAGCAAAGCAGCCAUCUCUCAGCUGGAUCAUGUUCACUAUGACAAGAAUAAAACUUUUUC